AUGACCUACGUCGAGCUCAUGGCGCUCUAUUUGAUGUUGUAUCACUACACAAUUGGUGCCGGUGCCACCGCUGUCUUCCCGGUACCUUACACAAACUAUGUCCACACGUACACGCCAUCCUCGCAAGAUAUCAUCGCCCGCUCGGAGAUCUACCCGUCUAUUGAAAAGCCGCAUCAAGCACACGGAGAGGCAUUCGACACGGCCGAUAACGCCACCCCGGGACUCUGGACCCUAGACAAGGGCCGGAACCACAUCGAGACUCGGUUCGCAGACCAGGACGGCUACAAGAGGAUGUGCGAAGAGUACAGUCUGUGUCCUCGCGAGACUUCCGAGGCGACUCGGAUCUUCCUUCCAGCAGACUUCACCCUUCUCGGUUGCAACAGCGAGUUUAGCUUGGAUAAAUUCGGAGUGUUGGUUUCACGGAGUGUGGAGUACCCAGUGGCGUAUGGGCAUUUCCAGGUGUUUGAUCAUCUAACUCAGGAGACGACCUUUCCUAAUAAGGAAGAUUGGACCAAACGUAACACGAAGGAUGGCCAGGGCAUCAUGCCCUGA